AUGUUCCGCAAGCACAAUGACCAGGAAAUCUACGUGGAUCUUUCAUCGGCCCUGCGCGACCGCCAGGAUUGGGCCGUGGGUGCUCUGCGCACCUUCCAGUACCUGUCAGAUAUCAGCAGCUUCGCAUACGAGCCAGUAUCAGGCCUCCUAGCUGUCGGCACAAGCGGAGGGGUGGUCUCCAUCUUUGGCUCGCCAGGAGUACAAUGCCAGGUCUCCCUGAGGGAGCCCGUGGCCGUGAGGUUCCUUCAAUUCGCAGCGUCAAUACAGCGUUUGGUCUGCCUUGAUGGGAGCAACCAGCUGCACGUCUGGGACCUUGAGGAGCUCUCGCAGAACAAGCCUAAAUAUCUUAUCACCGCUAAAUUCGACGAAGCAUCUGCUCUUACUGUGUCACCCAGUCACUCUCACGCUUUCAUUACUUUGGCCUCUGGCGUCGUCCGGACUUAUGAUUUGCUCUGCCUGCGUAAAUCUCCGUAUAGCAUGCCCAACAUGUGGACUCUAUAUGAGGAGAAGAUCAUCGCCAGUGGAAUGCCGGACAUGCUUAAUCCAGACAGUUCCUUUGGCCUAGAUGCAGUCAUACAUCCGCGUAACCUGAACCUUCUCUUCGUAGUGUAUGCGGGUGGCAUAAUACUCUCCGACCUCGCUGAACGCAAUACGCUGCGGGCGUACGAGUUGGUCCUCCCUCCUGGUGCCCCAGGCGGCGCAGGAUAUGGAAGCAAGGAACUAUUGAUCCACCGUCGACCGUCUCCCACAUGUAUGGCCGUCCAUCCCUCUGGGCAUUUCUUCGCCGCUGGGUACUCCGAUGGUUCCAUUGCCUUCUGGGCCGUAGAGGAUGAAGACCAACCUCUUAUGGUCAGAACCCUCGAUGACGUAGAUGUCAACGUCGUAGACCCCGAAAAGAUCGACAAGUAUCUACCACAAGAUGGCCGCCCGGUUCCUGGUGGCAUCCCAGACGACGUUAGGGAGCCCAUAUUCAAACUGUCGUGGAGCGGGCUUUCCAACUCGACAGACCCGCGUGGUGGCGACACAGUGUUGACCAUACUUGGCGGCACAAAGAUAGGCGACGAAAUAGGGCUUAUAGUCCAUUCCUUACCGCCUUUCAACCCUCCCGAGCCUCCUACGCCCCCUGCGACAAAUCGACCGAAUGAACUACCAACCUUCUUUCGGAACGCUAUGCGUGAAUGUGUCAUCGCGAACAACGCCCACUUCUAUCCAACGGACGGCAUCGUCCAGGACUAUUUGGUGGUGUCUCGCGAUAACCCUCACUUCGGUGGUACAUUUGACCCAACAGCCAUCAUACUUCUAUGUGAAGGUCCAGGAGACACACGUGUUGUAGAAGCCCGACAAUUUCCACCUCCUGUAUUCACCUCGGAUACACCCAAACCAGUCAACAACCCAGAGCUGGGAGCUGAGGGUGCUCAGGACGAUCUGAUUGAUGAAUUAACCAAAACUUUGAAGGCUAUGGAGCUGGAUAGUGAACCCAUGCGCCUCACUUUGCCUGUUGCUUUGGAGGAUGGCCGGAGCCUUGUGGAUGGACACUUAUUGACCCUUGGUCGCGAUGCACACGAAUCGUUGCUAGCUAACGGAAGUUUACAGACGAAAUUACCUUUGAAAGGAGGCACUGCUUGGGCCGAAGAAGCUCAUGCCACCGAACUCAGGCAUGCGAAGUAUCAAGCUCGACGGGUAUUGGUAACGCAGCAUAUAGACCUCACAGUUCAAUUCGAGAACUUCAGUUCCCAGCUGCUGAUGGGUACACAAACCGAAGGUCGCAUAGAGCACGACUUCCCCGAGUCGCUCCCUCACCUCAAAAUCGACCUCAACACCGUCAUCGUGGACCCGGCUGUUGCUUCCCGGUCCAAUUUCACGUCACCCCCGCGUAUCGACUCGAUUCACCUUACCUCCGAAUCGCUUGAGUGUCUCGUCACAUUACGCUCGGGUGAACUUUUCGUAUACAAGCCUAAACCGGACGAAUACGAGUUCGAGAAGCCCCUAUUUAGGGAAGCAACGGACGAAGAAAUAGUGAUACUCUCGCACAUUCCGACGGGAACUUCAGCAAAAUAUGCCCCGAACUUCAUGCUUAGCCCAGGGAGAGGCCUCUUAACAGCGUAUGCUAUAUGCGACAUAGGUUUUGUUGCUUCGGCUUACGCUGACGGAUCAUUGUAUAUCGUCGACAUGCGUGGUCCGACUGUUAUCCUUCGGCAUGACCCCGCCCAGAAGUCCAAAUCCCGCCAUUCAAUCGCAUUGGCAUUGUCUCGGCACUCCGCUUCAACCUAUCCUGUAGAUUCAUUGACAUGGUCAAUCUGCACAUUAAGCACAGGCGCUUCAAUGGGUCUACGACUCAUCGCUGUCCGCACCAACGGUGUGACCGAGGUAUUCUCCCUCGAGCGUUCGGAGGUUGGGGCUUGGGAAUGCGAUCGCCCAGACCCCAUCACCUUUGAGUCCGUCGAGAACCCCCUUCCGAAAGGCAACUUCGUUAUUGACGGCAAGUAUGGUGCUAUCGUCGGUGCGACUCCAGCGCUACUUGCAGCGACUUUCGAUGCCGUCGCUGCUUCGCGCUGUAUAUGGGUGAUAUGUGGCGCGAAGAGUGCGAAGAGCUUCACGGAGGUAACGGGCGAACAAGUUGGAAAGGCUCGCUGGAAUACGAAGACAGGUUCUAUCACCAGUGCCCAACUCGUUGAUAAGAAUGGAUCACACGCAUUGGUGACUAUGUCGGGAAGUAAUACUGUGUCAGUCUAUUCGGUUCCAGAGCUAGAACUCCUGCACACCAUUCUUUUGCCGGCAACCCGAUUCUCCACAAUCACCAUGGAUGACACCGGCGAUUUCAUACAAUGGCAACGGCACGCCAAAGCACCCUUGAUCGUUAGCGCUACGUAUGGUACCCUAUUCAACUUCCGUCGCACGCCGGGCUAUCCCCUCAUUGAAUUCGCCUCAACGAAAGGAGUUAUCCCGCCCACACCACAACCGAUAUCAAUGGGCCCCCCUUCACUAUUGAGCGGGUGGUUCUCCUUUGGCGGAGGUACAUCGGGCGAUCAAAUCGAUUUACUACUGGGCGGCCCCGACCGACCCAUUCCCCAACCAAAACCUCGUGACGUUGCGCAGGAAGGAACGUCCUCAGGUUUCAAUGCUUCGGCAAUUACAGCCUCUGUGGCGGGUGCUCAAGCUGGCAUAUACAACCGAUUACAAUCGGCCCUCAGUGAACGCGGACAAAUGCUCGACGGUUUACAGGAUCGAUUCAAUGAUCUGGAGGAAGGGAGUAGAAACAUGGUAACACAGGCUAAGCGAUUGGCCGCCGAGCAAACGGCGAAGAGAUUCCCGUGUAUCAAUUUCUCCGAUGAAUCUUGUGAUAUCUUUGUACAGAAAUGA